AUGUCUCCUCCGAAAUCCUCAUCGGGUAAAGCCGCGAAACCCUUGAUUCCGGGCGUUUAUGGCCCCCAUCAGUCGUCAAACCUCUCAGCGGAGAACCUAGCUGAGGUUAGGGGGUCCACCGGGAUUCCGCCGGAGGUCGAAAUCAGAUUCCCGGAGGCUCAUGAGUCCUCGGAGAAUCCUCCUCCGGGGUACUGCUGCGCGUUCGAGAUAUUCUUCUCCACGUGUGGUUUGUCGUUUCCCCUUCCCGAACUCAUCGUGAACAUGAUGUUUGAACUGGGCUUUGCUCUCCCCCAAAUGUGCGCGAACUUUGUUCGGACUGUUAUGUGCCUUCAAACUCUGGGGGAGGAGUUUGACUACCAGCUGUCACUGGCGGACUUCCUCCAGGUGUACACAGUGAAAACAGGUCACACCAAGGGCACACUCUAUGUGAGCCCGCUUUCCGGACUGAAGGUCUUUGACGACCUGCCCGAGAAGGACGAGAAAUGGCGGAAGUCUUACUUCUUCUUCCCGGUCAACGAGCUCGGCCACCGCACGAGCUCAUACGUAUUGAAGUGGACCUUGAAAAUUGAUCACUUCGAGCGCAGACUGCUUUGCCCUACAUUCGCGGAGUUCUUCUCGAGAUUCUGCAGCCAAGGUCAGAUCGCUUGGGAUUCUUUCUCCUGCGAAAGGAUCAGGGCGUCCACGGCAAGGCUCGGAAGACGCUCUCUCGUUUGCUCCGACCCUGUGAGCGUUUCAGAAAUGAACUACAGGGAAGAAAGGGCGUGCCGGAUUGCCGAAAAAGAGGCGAAGAAGCAGAUGGCAGCAGCCCUUGCUGAAGGCAAAGCUUGCAUCCCUAUCAAGAAUUCCUCCGGCUCCUCCGUUCCUGAGGUUAGCGGGACUUCCGCACCUCCAACUGGCUCUUCCGAGCUCGGUACAGAAUCUACCAAGGCUCCUGCUGGCCCGUUGUCGAUGACUGAAAUGAUUUGCUCAAAAAAUCCUUCAGCCCCCCCUGCGUCCCCUGCUGAUCUAAUGAGGAGCUACAUUCGGCCUGGAGUUCUGAUUCCGGCGUUCGCUGACAUGACCGAGGUCAACCGUUUUGCGGACAAAAUCGGCAAGCUAAUGAUCGAGUUUAACUCCUCGGUGGCGUCCUACGAGGAUCAACUGUUCGCCUCCCCUUCAUCUUCCGAGGUGAACCUUCUUCAAGAGAGGAUCGCUGACCUGGAAGCUCAGAAGGCUGAAAUAGAGGUGCUCGACCUCGGGGUUGCUAACGAGGACCUCCGAGACAAACUAAAGAAGGCGAGGGACCUUUACUUCGAGGCAGCGGGGGACCUGAAGGCAGCCAAGAACAGGUUGCACGAGAUCGAGCUCCGAAAUCAGCUACUCGAAGCUGGCAAUAGCUGCGAGAUUGAGAGGGUGCGGAGGGAGGAGAGGCAGGCAAUGAAGCGAACUCUCCGCCCCUUGGUCGAGGAGGUGAAGGUCACUUUCGAAGAGAGGGAGAAGCUAGCUCCGCUCCAGAUCCGAGCCGCCGAGAUCAGGGCUAACCGAAUGCUGGUUGAGGAGAUCUCCAGGCGAGAGAUCCAAGACAUGGAAGCCGAGCUCGGACUCCUGAAAGCUGAUGAGGAGGAAGCCGACGAAAAGGUUUCGAAGGUAACUCCCCGUGAUCUCGACCUCACUGCAUUCUCAGAUCUUUUGGCGGAUAUGCUCGAUCUCUUGUGCAGCGAACACCCGCUAAGCGUCACAAUCGACGAGUCCGGCACUAACGUCGGGCAAAUCUCGAAUCAGGGGAUGGACGAUUAUCUGGCGAACACCAGGUUGGAAGGGGAGCUUGUAGAGAUGGGUUUGGCCCUUUCUGAAACGGCGUCGGAACCCGCUUUUCCUAAUCAAUAG